AUGAUAACAUUCUGUGGUAACCGUCAUGAGAACGAUCUCUCUGCUGCUGAGAUAAAAAAUGCUGAAGCUGAAGAAGAAGACUUAGACCAUUCGCAAACUUGUGAUGUUGCCACUGAUACUAUCGGGGAUGGCAUGGCUUAUACCGUGACCACUGAUAAAAAGGAUUUCCAUGAAUUACAGCCAUUGACCGAAGAAGUUGGCGAGUUUGUUGUGCCAAGUACUACCAAGCAAGCUUAUAAUCAAGCUCGUGACAUUAAGAGGGAGCGGAGAAGUGAACAACAGAGGUGGAGGACUGCUAUUGAUGGCUAUGUUCAGUAUUCGGAAUGGAUUAGUAAAGUUACUGAAGAAACUGAGGAUAUGCCGGAUUUGGAUAGUGGUCAAAGCAUUACCACUACAGAAGCUACAGAUGAUGAUCCAGAAGCGGAGUAUUUCAUUGAAAUAGAUGCAAUGAACGAUGUGAUUGCUCAGAUUGAAAAAGCAAGGACUGCGCAGUCCAUAAAAUUAAUGAAGAGUGAUGCGAAAUUGGAGGAAAUUUUGAAAUAUUUCGAAGAACGCUCAAAGCCAUCAAACUUAAUUAAAGAUAGAAAUGUCAGAAAUUAUAAAAUGUUUAUAUGUUUUGCUUGUGGUCGAGUAUUCGAUGAUGAAUUUUCAAUGCGAAGUCAUGUUAAUGAAAGCCAUUUUUCUAGCAAGGAUUACAAGUUUAAAUGUAAACACUGCUACAGGCGCUUCAAACUCAAGCAUCAUCUACAGAGACAUGAACGUACGCAUGAUCUUUCUCUUGUGCAUACCUGCAAUCGUUGCUCUUCAUCAUUCCGAAAAUUCGAAUCACUCAUUGUACAUAAGAGUAAGAUCCAUGGAAUUGAUGAAAACGGCGAGAAGAUUCGAAAUUUAAAUUAUAACUGCUCCAAGUGUGAACAGAAGCACAAAUACUCCUGUUCAAAAGAGCCUCGUAGUAAGCAACAAAAAUACGAGUCCUCUGCUUCAUCUACAAGUUCUGUGUUUUCUGUAUCAUCUAGACCAAAAGUUGGUACGACGUGUAAAAUAUGCAGUAGAACGUUUGCAUCACGGCAAUCUUUAUUAAGACAUAUGGGUCGAAUUCAUCCAGAUGAGAAAAUUAAUGAAAUCGAUCGGUACGAAGUUGUGCAGUCGCCAUGUCUUCCAUUCGCUUGUAACAUUUGUUCAAAACGUUUCAAGACCAGAAUAUUGUUGUUAGUUCACCGGAAACGACAUCAGGGACGCAAAUUCGUUUGUGAAUUAUGUGACAAAACCUAUCCAAUACCAAGUGAAUUACGGAAACAUAUCAGACGCGUGCAUAGUGACUCAUCUAAAGACAUAUUGACAUCCAAGCUGAUUAGAUUGAAAGUAAAUGUCCUGGAGUUCUCAACUUGUGAUUUCAGCAGCGCAACUAGAUGA